AUGUCCGAUCACGAAGACAACACAACUAACGAGCGACCAGGAACGUCAACGGACAGUGGCGCCCAGAAUAUGCCUUCAGCAAACGUUUUCGCGGAUAUCUUCAAAGCUGCCUUGGCUCCAGUUCUGAGCCAGCUGACGACCUUGAACGAGAAUGUGAGCGCAGUGCUCCUGAACGAGCACGAAGACUCUGAGGAGGACGGUGAAGCCGCCUCUAAUGACAGGCUCGCCAUGUCUGCGGACAUGGAUGCGGAUUUAUCCGCGCUCCUCGUUUCUGCGGGCAAAGAUGAUAAUACUGAGGCUAUGCCGGGCGAAGAUCUCUUGAAGGAACUCGCGCAGGAAUUAGCAGUAAGCGAGAAAACCUCUCCGCCCCUUCGCGAAGGUCUGGCGGCUAUUUUUAAUAAUCUGUUGUCAGAAAAGAUGGGGGACGAGAAGCUCAAGGCCAAACUAGACAAAUAUCCUCGUCCAGAGAAUGUCAAGGGUUUGCGAACCCCGAGAGUGAAUCCCUCAAUCUGGAGCCAGCUUUCGACUUCCAUGAAAACUCAAGAUGUAAGAUCGAAGAAGGGGCAAAAUACUCUUAUCGGCGCUAUUUCAGCCAUGACAAAAGCCGCCGAUUUGGCGCUGGGAAAAUACAGCAACGACAAAGUACUGAUCACCUUUCUGACAGAUGCGGUUGCCAUGGCCCUCAAAUACAACCACGAGGUGAAUCACUCCUGA